GGAGGGUCACUAGUUGGCAGCCGUGACAUGAUUCUUCUGGUCAGGUCUAUACUUUGGGGGCAAGCACAGAUGAUGUGGACGAGGUAGGGUCCCUCCCUCCCAAGAAAUGUUUGAACGUGCAAAACAUUUUUCACAGUUAUGUCAAGCUUCUGCCGGCCGCGCAGUGUUGCCAUGGCUGCCUUUUUGUCUGUCCUGCCUAAGCAGCAGCAGAAUAGAACUCAGCCAACGCAGGAACUUGAUGAUCUUGCACAGACCCAUAGGAUUUCCAAAGCUAUGCCUUCCGAGCAAGGCAGUGAUGAGUACACCUUAAGGGUUUCUCAUCGACCUCAUUUCAAGAGCACUGAGAUGCCAGAUGGAGGCACUUCUCAACCACAUGAUCCUGCGGCUCCGACUCACAAUGCCCAGCAGGCGCAGGGCAGCUUGCCAGGGAUGAUCAAGACUCUCUCAGAAAGUGAUCUUCUGGCUGUGCUUCCGCACGUGAAAGGCAGCGCUUCACGGGGUGCUUCGCCCUCCAGCGAAAAGUCUGAAGAGGAAGGGCCAGGCCACCAGAUGGCUAUUGGCCAGGCGCAAAGCAGCUUUCCAUUCAUCUCUCCACCACCUAGCCCGCUGGAGGGUUCAAAUCCAAGCCGGCCAGGAAGCUCACCAUGUGCUGUCAGAACCCUCUCCGAAUCAGGCCUUGUUGAUCUCAUGCCUCAAAUCUACGGCAUGGAGCUUGCCAAAGCUGGUCUGCCAAGUCUGCCGGACCCUGAUGGACCUUCAGCCAUCCCAGGGUUUGUCACUCUCAGAAUUGACGAGGAGAAGGAAGACGAGGAGAAUGAGGAGAAUAUUGACGCAGAGACCUGCCAGAGGACUGGAGAAGCUUCGCUGGGAAUUACAGUCUUGAAGGCGACAGAUCUCAGCCAAGCUGCGGACUACAGGAUAGUUCUUCAACAGGUGGAAGAAGAGCAUAUAGUGGGCGAUGAGGAUGUGCAACAGGAUUAUGGCAGACUCACACCUAUCCCUGAAUCCAAAGGAGGCUCAACGUCGAUUGAUGACCCAGCCGACAGCAAGGCCAGCCACAUUGAAGACAGCAAAAGGUCCUCCAAUGGCAGCAAACGGACCACCAGCCGCACCAGCCGGCCAUCCGUCGCAGCAUCUCGGACUGCUCAUAUCAACAGCUUUGCUAUUUCUAAGACCCUGCAGACGCAAACCGGACUUACACAAUUUGUUGAAGCAGUUGAGCCUUCAAUGCAAGUUUAUUUGGAGGCCCAUUGCAGCAAUGGGCCAAGCAAGAUGGACCGGCAGGUGAUCUUGUGGAAAAUCCUGGGCAGCUUCCUGUUUCUCCUACCAGCCCUGUCUUUUGGUAUUCUCUUGCUGCCUCUCGCUCGAGUUGAAGCGGGCUUCCAAGAGAAUUGGGUCUUCAAUUACUUUGCGCAUCCCUUCCUGAACUAUGUCACCGCUCGCGCCGAAACUGAGAUCGGUAUUCUCCGUCCACUGGCUCCAGCAGAUAGGGUUCGUGUCAACUGGAUCAUCACGUGCUUUCCACUGGUGGGCUGCCUUACCUGCUUCCUUGUGCACUUGAUCGGCAGCAUCGUGGGCAUCUUCCCAAUUCCUUUCGUCGUUUCAACCUCCUGUUUGCCAAGCAUGUGGUUUGCGAUGUUCACAGCCAGUUACUUCGUCCCGAAGGACCUCAUGACAUCCAGCAUGCGUGGCUUCAUUUGGUUUGCGAAUAUCGAAGUGGUUCUGUGGGGCGUGCAAUUCAUUGUGCUUACAGCCUGGCUCCUGAUUUUCCCAAGCCUGGCAGUUUCACUUCAGUUGAUGAGCAGUUUUGCAGUGACAGGUAUGCUCUCUGGAGCUGGCUGGGUUGUGAACAAGAUCGGAGAGCAUUAUUUGGGUGUCCCAAAGUACAUCACGGACGAGGCAAAGGUGAUGAUUCUCUUCAUUGCUUUUCUCUUCUCCGCAGCUCUUUUGUCCAGUGCGAAGAACGGGCUGGUCCUUUGUGUGAUGCUCAUCCUUGAUGCCGGAAAAGCUGUGGCGGUGGCAAUGAAUAUGUGCAAACAACUCCUAACAACCUUUGAGCAGGGAGACAGGCAGCAGGUUGACUUGCUUGCGUUUGACUGGAAGUCUUGGUUUUGCCCAUGCUGCCAGCAUUGCCCACAUUGGCGCGCACUCCCAUCGCUGCUCCGAGAGAGGUGGAUCCUGGCAUUCCGUGUGCAAGAGAGGCUUCGGCAAAUCCUGGCAGACUUCCGCGGGAAGACGAUCGAGAGCCUUGAACAAGCAGAGAUUGUUGCUGCAGAUGCACGUUUGCUGAACCAGCUCGCUCGGUACGCGAAGCUUUUUGCUUUGGUGGAGCUUUGUGAAAUCAUGGUUCCUUUGAUGUACAUGCUGGUGAUUGGAACACUGCACAGCGACACUUUCGGCUACAAUCGGGAGCGCUUCUUCCUUUUUGACCAGUUGGGUGAUAGCUAUGAUGAUGCGAUGUUGAGAACGGCUCAGCGCGAUGGCUGCGGGGAAGCGAGGAACUUGUGUACUGUGUAUGUUCUCCUGGACAUGAAGGAUGAAAUCCGCAAAGCACUUCCGCCAUUGUAUGAGGCUCGAGCACUACAAAUGCAGGUAAUAUCUUGAGCUUUGCCAUUGAACUCACAGUUUUCGUGGCAAUCCAGAUCACCUUUCUCAGAUGCAUUGGAUUCGACCUCCUUUAUUUUGCAGGAGUCGUUCUUGAAGAGAACUAUUCCUAUUGGGUCCUUUCCCUUGCCUCUUGCUGUUGCGCUUGGCUGACCGUUCUGGUGAAACAUGGAGGCCAUAAUUUGGAUACGAUUAGAAGCUGGCUCGCCUCUUAGGAAGAGGAUCCCAAUUCUUCAACUGGACCCGUUCAGCACCGUGUAAUUAUGGAACACUCUGUCUUGAGAGUGCUGAGAUUGUGGUGGAAGUAUCAUUCCGUGGAUGUUGUAG